AUGAUAACCACAUUAGAAGAUUUGUCUGAUGAAGUUUUAUUAAUCAUACUUAAUAAUUUAUCAGUUGCUACAGUACACUAUGCAUUCGAUAAACUUAAUGCACGGUUCAACUGCAUUUUGAAUGACAAAUUUCUUCGAUUAACGUUCGAUACAAAAAAUAUACCUGAUCGAUUGUUUCACGAUUUUUGUGAUUCAAUUUUAUCGAAAUAUGCUGAUCGUGUAGUAUCAUUAACCUUAUCAAAACCAAUUGAGUUGUUUUCAUCCAAUAGUCAAAUAAAAUUUCAUCAACUUGAAAUCUUAAAAGUAGCGCGCUGUUCGAUGUCUUUUUCACUGUUAUCGAUAUUAAAACAAUUACAAAAUUUAUGUAAAUUAUCCAAAUUGUUUAUUUGUGUUCCUUUGCUUGAAUUGAAUUCUGUAUGUAGAAUGAUUUUAUGUGAAAAUUAUCUAUCACAGUUAAAGAUGUUUUAUGUUGCAUUCGAUUCUUUUAUUUCAUUAAAUGGUGCUAAUCACAUAGUAAUAAUACCAAAUAAUCUAAAACAUUUAUCUCUACAAUGUGAUAUAAAUGAUUUAUUACUUGUACUCAAAUAUUCGCCAAAAUUAGAGUAUCUAAAUGUGGUUACUUGCGGUAAUAUUCAAACAUUGACAAAUAAUUUCGUGUUGAAAUUAAAAUAUUUACAAAUAAAUAUAAAAAAUGUUUCCUAUGUUAAUUUGUUCAACAUAUUAAAUAUAGUACCAAAUUUAAAUCGAUUUGGACUUACUGGAUAUGUUCGAGAUUUAGAUUUUUUCAAUGGAGAAAACUUAUCAAGUUUAAUAUCAUUAACACUCGACAAUUUUCAAAUGAUCAUUAAAACUGGCAUUGAGAACCAAGGUAGUAUUGAUCCAAAUAAGAUAUCAGCAGUGCUGAAUAAAGAUAGGUGUGACUGGUUAAGUGUUCAACAGAAAACGGAUGGUAUUUGUUUAGAACUAUCUAUCCGAAGCAUAAAAAAAGCAUAA